UUAGGAGAUACACUGUAGUUUAAAUGUGAGACUGAUGUUUCUGCUGGUUAGACUGUUUGUUUUGUUGAGGUUACUCAUUUUCCCGUAUGGGGGAGAGUUGUUUGAACAUUGGCCCUAAUGUGUGAAAUAAAGAGGUGAAGGUUUCUCCUCUGUGUUGCUUUGUGUUGUUCUGCUGUGGCAGGUGGCUCGCCAGCUGCAGCCCUCUGUAAUAUGGAUCGGAGAUGCAGAGAAAACCUUUUAUAAGAAAGUCCCAAAACUGGAGAAAGAGAUGGAGCCUAAGCGUCUGAAGAAUGACCUAGUAAAGGUGCUGAAGUCCGUGAAGCCUGAGGAUCGUGUUCUGGUCGUAGGGACGUCCCGGAGGCCCUUUGACGCAGACCUCAAGCCCUUCUGUAAAGUCUAUAGGAAGAUCAUCCUCAUCCCCAGACCUGACUAUGCCUCCAGACUGGUGCUGUGGAGGGAGCUGCUAUGUGGCGGCGGUGCUCGCCUCACCCCCAGCCUGGACCUGAGCUCCCUGGCCAAGGUGACAGACUGCUACACCCAGGGCCACAUCCUGCAGGCUGUGAUGCAGGUGCUGAUCCCUCGCAGGCUGGCCCAGCAGACUACCAGACCACUGAAGAGUUCAUCCCUCCACUGGCCAGACAGGACCCCGUCUACAAAGAGGAAGAGGAGGCCUUUAAGAUGUGGUACGGCAAGACACCUUUGGGUAAGAAGAGGGCACGGGCAGCCAAGGCCAUCGAGGAGGAGGGAGAGUCGGGCAAGGACAAAGACAAGCAGGGCAGUGGGAAGAAGACAGGGAAAGAAGAGAAAAGCAAGAAGAAAAAUAAGUAAAUAUCAAAGACAAAAGAUAGAUGUCGUCAACAUUGGGGAGGUAUACAGAUAGGGACUUUCAGGGGAUGUCAUGUACAUUCCUAGUUCUUAGAUAUGAUGGACGAUACAUUUACUACCAGUCUAUGAAUGGAAAUGUCAUGACGCAGUAUAACGGUAACAGUCGAUCGUGUUAGGAUCAUAAUGAAAAAAGUAACUGUUUAUCUUGUAUGAGACCAGAUAUAAAGUAUGUCAAAUAAAUCAUUGUUAUCGCAGUGUAAAUAUUUAAGAUGGAAAUAAGUGUUCUUGAUUUUAGUCCAAAUGGAUCACAGCAGUAUCAUUUCAUGAGAUUCUAUUUAGGGGAUGUUUAUUUUCAGUCUCUGACUAUUUUGACCAUUAGAAGCUAAUUAGCCUUGUUGAUGAGCGCUGAGUUGUUUAAACUGGGGGCUCUGAGCUGCAGUGGGGGGGGGGGCGUCCUGAGACUCACAAACCCCCCCAAAUACACCCCGUCGCAGCCGAGCCCCGGGCUCCCCUCUCUCCCCUGUCCUGAGACAAAUCAUCAUUAACCAUCCCCAGAACCACGAAACCGUGCAACGAUGGAGGGAUUCCUCUCAAAUGUUAGCUGCUAACCGUAAUGACGAAAAAACACAGCAGAAAGAUAAAUGAAUCAAUGAAACAAAUGGUGCCUUGUAUUUCCUGUCUGUCUUCCUUUCUCUCUCUCUCCCUUUCUCCUUUCCUCAGCCAUCGUUGGGUUUGAGUGGCUUCUGUGCCAUGGAGUCUGUUAAUUAGCCUGUGUAAUUGUCAUUGUUGCCAGUUACAGCCAGGGGGCUUCAGGCAGAGAGGCACUGUGCAAUGUAACAGCACCUUGUCCCAGGUCGCCCUGUGCUACUGUUUACACCCAGUUAGCACUAACAAGCCAGCCUGCCCUGCCAAGCGGCUGACCCACUUCCCGGCCCCAGCAAGCCUCUACUAGCUCCCCAAGGACCAACUACCCCCCCCCCCCCCUUCACUGGCCAUCUUUAAUCAAGUAUUCGUCAAUGGGAAACCAGAUCCCCAUUGUCCACCACAGCAUAACCCUAACCUUGCAUCUGUACCCUCUUGUCUUUUGGGUGUCUGUCUCCCCCCCACUCUCUUGUCCCUGUCUUUAUUGUCAUCCUCUACCUUCCCUUUCUGUCUGUCUGUCUUUCUCUCACUGUCCCAUCCCAUCGCUCUCUCCUUUUCUCUCUUUAUCUCUCUCUAUCUCUCUCACUCUCCUUCUUCUCCAUCCCAUCUUUCCUCCUGCCAGGUGGGUUUACAGAGCGUGACAAACACUGUCACCUUUCCUGCUCCUUGUAGCUUAAAUCAACAUCUAAUUGAAUUAUUCAUGUGUGUGGACCACCGCCUUCUUACCCAAGAAAAGGCCCUUAAGCAGUCUUUUAUGUGACGACGAAGCUGUUUUUUACUCCAGUGGUGUUCCCUUUGGGAUCUAUUUACUGUAGUAUGACUGAGGUGAACCAUGACGUGCAUUUAUCCAGAAUAACACAUUCACAAUGUCUUAAUGCACAGAUAAUUAGCCAAAGCGUAAAGACAGCAUUGCGUUUGGUUAAUUGUUUACAGUGUGAUGGUUACUAGCGUUAGAAUCAGCUGACCUGUAUCUCAGACAGACUUAUUUAUUUGAUUUUGCCCAUCUUCUCCUCCUUCAUGCUUCAUUUCCUCAUUUCCAUAAAACUGGAUUUUUCUCUGCAUUUUUGUGGCGAUGAUAAUUAAGCAUUAUUUGAUUAGAUUAAUCAUUCUUUCAUUUCUGUGUUUUGUGAUGACAGAGUCGGGGGUGAUUCAACCCUGUGGUCAUGGCAGUAAUAAAAUCAAGACCUCUGUCGACUCAA